AUGGAUAAAUUAUAUGGUGAUUAUGAUAAAAUUGUUGAACAGUACAAACAAGUGACCAUACAUAAAAGAAAAACUGAACAAAAUGAACAAGGUGAUAAAAACGAAAAAAAUGGAAAAAAUCGAGCAAAAAAAGAAAUAAAAAAAGAAACAAAUGAAAAAACAAAUGAAAAAAUGGUAGGAUCUAAACAAAAGGAUAAAGAAAAAAAAGAAAAUACUCAUGAACCUAUUAAUGAAGAAUAUAGAAAAUUAAGUAGUGAUCUUAAUGUAGUGGAUGAAGUUGAGCAUUUAUUAAAAGAAAGAAAAAAAAAUAACAAUAAAAACACCAAAAAUAAUAAAAGUGUGCAUAAUAAUGAUGACAACAGUUAUAGCGAUGUAGACCUUCACAGUGAUAAUGAUCAAAAUAAUAACCCUGAUUCAAAAGAUAAAUUUUAUAAUGAAUAUAAAAUAAGAAAAAAAAUAAGCAUAGAAAUUAAUCAAAAGUUGUAUAAUGACUCGGAAAAUGUAAUUAUAGAAAAAGGCAAACCCUUAUUUCAUAACAGCAAUAUGGAUAAUAAUGAAAAUAGUUAUGUUGCAAAAAAAAAAAAACUUAAAAAUGAUGAUCAUAAAAUAAUAAAAAUAAAACAAAAUCAUAAGGAUAAAACCAAAUUUUUUAUAAUAUUUUUAUUUGUCAUAUAUUAUAUAUUUUUUUUUUUCCAUUAUAUAAUUGAUAUACAAAUAAAUCAAAUAUUUAAUGUAGUUAUUAAUACAUUUACAAUAGUAAUUAUAACUGCAAUGUUAUGUUAUAUUUAUUUUCUUAAAACAAGAAAUAAAAAAUUAAAGAAAAUAAUUUUUUAUAUAAUUACAUAUACAAUUUUAUUAUAUUGUCUACAUAUAUUUAACACAGUACUUCAUUGGCUAAAUAUUUAUUUAAAUUUUACAAUAAGUAAAAAAUUAUAUUUAAAAUACAAAACAUUAUAUAAAAAUAUAUCAUUUAUAUUUUCUUAUUUCAGUUUUGAUGAAAUCUUUUUUUUCCUUUUAAUAUUUUAUUCCUCAUUUUUUAUUACAUCCUCUAUGCUCUCAUUAUGUUUAUUCUAUUAUAUAUACAACUUUAUCAACUAUUCAUUUUGA